ACAACGAGCCUGCGAGCGGGGCCACACUCAAGGAGGCGGGGCAGGAGGUGGCUCCGCUAGGGGCUACCGGGGGAAGUGGGAUGACGACGGUGGCUACAGGACCGUGUUUGAGGGGUGUUGGUGACUGGGAAGGAAUUGAUGUCGGGAGCUGGUAACAGGAGUGGGGUCUCGGUGGCCGUUCGUAACGGGAAGAGGAGUUUGGGGGUCUGGCCGAUAGAACAGGGCUCUUAUAGAGGACUUUUCAUGAGGGAAGUCUCAUUGAUGACAAGGGGAGGGAUUUUGGCGGUGUGAAUGCCAGAAGAAGAGUCUCUGGUGGUUGGUGACGGCGAGGGGGGUCUGUUUAGGGCAUUGACAGUCUGGGAGUAUUGUUUGGUAACAGGUUGGGGGCUCCAUACAGGGAGUGUGACUAGUUUGAGGGGAUUGGGUGAGGAGAAGUACUGAUGACAAGCUGCGGGUUCAAUAUUAGAGACAGCCAUACUAGGUUGUCAUGGACCAAGAAAUGGAAUUUAAAGAAAUUCCAUUUCCUUCCUUUAUUCAUGAAUAAAUGUUUGAGUAAACAUUUAAGAAAAGGUAUCACAAUUAUGCAUUUGAGGGUAACAUCGCACUGAUCACAGACCCCUGAACGUUAACUGCAGAGGAGUUAGAGGUGAUUGUCAGGCUGGGAGAAUUCCCCUGAGGGUUGGUCAUAAGACAGGUUUCUAUGGCAGUUCAGCAAUCACAGCCUAGGCUGUGUGUAUGUGUGUGUGUGUGUCACCUGCCUGAGCAUAUGCCUGGAGGUUCUCCAGUGAUGUCACUCCUUUCUUCCUAGCAGAGUCAUCAGGACAGUCUGCUCGGGGUCAACAUCUGUUUAUGAGCUGAUGAAUAUUAAUAAGAAUAUUCAUUUAAUUGGGCACAUGAUCCUUGCCAUGUGCUUGUGAUUCUGAUGCAUCUAAAAGGCUUGUAUGUUUGAACAUUGUCAUUCAGCAUUUCCUGCAGUUGUAAUUCCUGAUGGGUGCUGUGGAAUCUAGCUUCAUUCUACAAGUAUUUUGGUUAUUUUAAGAUUGAAUGUCUGAGCAACCAAAAUAGAUUUUUGUUUGCUUGUUUUCUUCUAAUCAAGUGAAAAGUCCUUUGAAUUUCAUACCUAGAAAUUAUUACUGUUGCAAACAGGAGCACUGUUCUAGGUGUUAGGGAAAAGCAGUGAACAGAACAGACAACACUUCUUGCUCCCAUGGAGUUUGCAUUCUCAUGGGACAAGACAAAAAAUAAAUGUGUCAGGUAAUGGUAGGUGCUGUUUAGAAAAUAAAGCAGGGUUGCUGACAAGAGUGAUGGUAGAAUAGAAUGCUAAAUAGGUGAAGUGGUUGGCAUAUUCUAGCAACAGGAAGGAAGCCCUUGUGGCUGAAGCUGACUAAACAAGGGGGAGUGUGUUAGAAAAUGAGAUCAAAGAGAUCUAUAACAAAACUGUGUUGAGCUUUGAAUUCCUCAUGAAGAAUUUUGGAUCUUAUUUAGAACGAAAUGAGAAGCCAAUGGAGGGGGGGCGCCUGGGUGACUGAGUCGGUUAAGUGUCUGACUUCGGCUCUUGUCAUUAUCUCACGGUUCCUGAGUUUGAGCCCCGCGUCAGGCUCUGUGCUGACAGCUCAGAGCCUGGCUGGCGCCUGCUUCGGAUUCUGUGUCUCUCUCUCUGCCCCUCCCCCGCUCAUGCUCUCUCUCUGUCUGGCUCUCUCUCAAAUGAACAUGAAAAACAAAAAUUUUUUUAACUUAAAAAAAAGUCAGUGGAGGUUUUUUUUUUUUUUAGCAGAGGUGUGACAUGUUAUGGCUUUCCUUUUGAAGUGAUCAGGCUAGCUUCUCUGUAGACUGUAAGAGGUUGAGAAUGGCAGCCAGGGGAACAGAUAAGGCUAUGGUGAUAAUCCAGGUAGGAGACGAUGUUGGCCUAAACCAAGAUGGUGUCUGUGGAGGUGGUGGAAAGCAGUUGUAUUCUAGAUAUAUUUUGAAGGUACAGCUGACAAAAUUGAUGAUAAAUUGGAUAUGAAGUGUGAGGGAAAGCCAAAGUCAAGCACUUUGCAAGGAUGGACUUGCCAUUUACUGAAAUAGGGUGGAGCCAGCUUCGGGGGUGGGGUGGGGGGGCAUGAGAAUCAAGGUUUGGUUUUGGCUGUAUUGAGUCUGAGAUGCCCAAGAGACACAUCCAAGUGCAGUUGUGGAGUAGGUGAAUAGAUCAAUGAGUCUCUCAAAUUCAAGAGAAAAGUAUUUAAAGUUACUGAACUGGAUGAGAUCAGCUAGAGGAACAGGUCAUUGUGUUCUAAUCCAAGGCCUGCGUAUACCAUGUUGCACCUGGAAGACCUUAGUGUUCACUUCUUGAGGGAAAGAUGCCAUCACUCACCAACUUACAGUUUCAGGUAUGCAAUAUAGUGAUUCAACAAUUCUAUACAUUACUCAGUGCUCAUGAAGGGCUUUGGCUGAAGCGGAGCAGCUACGAAGAGCAGCCGACCGUGCGCUUCCAGCACCAGGUGCUACUCGUGGCCCUGCUGGGACCCGAUCAAGGCGGGUUCCUGGCCUGGAGCACGUUCCCCGCCUUCAACCGACUGCAGGGGGAUCACCUGCGCGUCCCGCUGGUUUCGACUCGAGAAGAAGACAAGAACCAGGAUGGGAAAAUGGACGUGUUACAUUUUAAACUGGAGCUUCCUCUGCAGUCCACGGAGCAUGUUCUUGGUGUGCAGCUCAUCUUGACUUUCUCCUACCGAUUGCACAGGAUGUCGACAUUCGUGAUGCAGAGCAUGGCGUUUCUCCAGUCCUCCUUUGCUGUGCCAGGGUCCCAGCUCUAUGUGAACGGAGACCUGAGGCUGCAGCAGAAGCAUCCCCUAAGCUGCGGUGGCCUUGACGUUCGGUACAACGUGUCUGUAAUCAACGGGACCAGCCCUUUUGCCCGUGACUAUGACCUCACCCACAUUGUUGCCGCUUACCGGGACAGGAAUGUAACCACCGUCCUGAUGGACUCCGACCCCAUCUGGCUGGUGGGAAGGGCCGCCGAGGCUCCAUUUGUGAUUAACGCCAUCAUCCGGUACCCAGUGGAAGUCAUUUCUUAUCUACCAGGAUUCUGGGAAAUGAUAAAGUUUGCCUGGAUCCAGUAUGUCAGUAUCCUGCUUAUCUUCCUCUGGGUGUUUGAAAGAAUCAAAAGAUUUGUGUUUCAGAAUCAGGUGGUGACCACGAUCCCUGUCACCAUAAUGCCCCAGGGAGAACUGUAUAAGGAGCACUUAUCAUAAGACCAUUUCUGAGAACUAAGCAGGACCCUGGCUACCUCCGCCUUGUCUUCUGGGAACGGCCAUCUUAAGAAAUUUUUGCAAAGAGCUCCUCAUGGACACGUGCCCGUGUGUGUCCUUUUCCUAUCAGAGACAAAGGACAAUCCGUUGUAAGUUUUCUCUACACAAAUUCCAUGUCUUCUAAGCACCUCCAAAAUCUUCAGGGACUAGUUUGUGGAAACAUCCAGAGGUUCCUGAAGGCUAUAAUUUGCUUUUUUUUUUUUUUUUUUUGCCUUAGACUUGAAUUUCAGGAGAAAACUGCAGUCAGUUCAGAACUCUUGGAUAGAGUCCCAUCUCUGGUCAAGCAAAGACUUUUCCUCUCUUGAACUGAGAAACAUGCUAUGCAUUUCUUCCCACUAUUGUAAACCACUUUUUACUCUUUUCAGGCCUCUCUUGUGAGAGAUAUGCAAAUCAGUAGCACUUUCCACUCCUGAGCAUCUAAAUUUCCCAUUCAGAACUUUGGUUUCCAGAACUGAGAGGUCCUUGAGGGGGAGAAUGGGAGCGAGAGAAAGGGAGCGCUGGAGAGCACAUGCACGCACACGUGUCCAGUGGGCGACUCCAGGACACCGGGACCAUCCACCUGCCCUCAGGCUAACAGACAUUGGUCUGUCAUCAGCUGGGCUGAGCAGCCCUUUAUCCCUGCCCUGCUGUGGCUGGCUUUGUGCCCUGCCUUUUGCCCUGUCUGUGCCCCUGGAACAGCAGGCUGAAGCCAGAGUGCUCUUUCGUUCACAGUCCCCUCCGCAACAGUGGGGGAAGUGAGGAUUAUAACAACAGUUUCUUUCUCUCUGGCCCUUACCCAACAGCCUGGACACUUGCCACUCCUCCUCCUUGACAGCCCUCCCCCACUUCUUGAAAAGGACACGGGUGACAGAGGACCUGUUGUUGGUAUUGGCUCCCACUGCCAACAACCACAGAGUUUGUUUGGAGGGCUAGCCGGAGACCCAGCUACUUGUAUUUCCUGUGAUGAAGGGACAGGGUGCCCGUCAGAGUGAGCAGCUUUGGGGAGAACGAACAAGGUGCACUGAGGGGGUAAAGAGGAUGCUUGCCCGCCCAGGACAGCCUGAUCCGGCCUGGUUGUUAGCAGAAUGACAAGCGGUCCGACAGGGUCAACCUCCUGCCUAAGUGAGUGUCAUCAGGAUGGCACUGCUGAAAUGGGCCUCUGUUGCACACGGAAGGCUAGUUCGCCGUUCCGGGCCUGCGGAAAUGAGCUGUCCUCAAAGGACAGGUGGAUCUGCUUUAUGAUCCCAAGAUGUCACUGGCACUGGAGACACGCCUGCUCUGAACCAUGCUUCAGGCCCACCCACCCACACACUCCUCCACACGUGUAUGCUUCAGUUUACCUUGGAGAUUCAGUUCUCAUUUCCAAAGCACCUUUUCUUCCAGGCUGACCAAGAUAAGAGUUUUGGAAACAGCCACUUUGAAGUAUUCAAGCACAAAACUAGCUUGGCACUGGCCCCUCUGCCUUGUCUUUUACUAUCUAGGGCUGUUUAUAUACCUACACCUUUUUUCUUGGGAUUUAAAUGAAAAAUGGUUUCUGGUUUGAAUCACAAAAAGGUAAGGAGAAACGGGAAGAUCGCUAAAGACAUGAAUUAACACCGCUUUGCAUUUUGUUACAUUAUUUUCAGGCGGAACUUGUAUAAAGAACCAUGAUGUUUUGUACCUUUCUAAUUAAAAUAUUCAAAAUGGAA